AUCUUAACCUAGUAGCUUGUAUAUAAAGAGAUUUUGAGGUCAUGAAUGAAUAACAUAGAAUAUUUGAUGUAAAUACCUUACUAUAUGUGUACACAAUACAUGUGUAAAUAUCACUUACCAUACUUGUAUAUAAACUCCCUUGUACAUUCAUUAAUUAAUGAAAGAUAUGGUUUAAGUUUGUUACACUUUUAAUAUGGUAUCAGAGAAGAAAUGAUUGUUUCCGCCAUUUUCAACGUUUUCUUGACUUCGUGAUCUUCGAUUUCCUUUCAUAAGUGUUUCGACAGAUUCUCGAUGGUUCUCUUUUUCUUUGGAUCUUUUUUGUUCGUGAUUUUUUGGAUUUUAUCUUGGUGGUGGUUUAUAUAACUGCAAAAUUAACAUAAAUAUGAAUGUCAAAUAAGUUAACCAAUUAUUCUAAUCAUAGAUUCAAACUAUCUGAAGUACAAAUUGAUAUUCGAUGUUUGCAAAACUGAAUUAGAUUGGAGCUAUUACAAUAUACUUUGUUAUAUAUCGAUUGGACUUAUCUAUUAGUUUAUUUCGUUAUCUCAAAUGUAAUAGUUUUCUUUGUAUCGACGGGCUUAUGAUCUUAUAGCUUAUAUAUAAAGAGAUUUUGAAGUCAUGAAUGAAUAACAUAGAAUAUUAGAUGUAGAUAGCUUACUAUAUGUGUAUAUAAUACAUGUGUAAAUAUCACUUACCAUACUUGUAUAUAAACUCCCUUGUACAUUCAUUCAUUAAUUAAUGAAAGAUAUGGUUUAAGUUUGUUACACUUUUAAUAUGGUACCAGAGAAAAAAUGAUUGUUUCCGUCAUUUUCAAUCUCUUCUUGACUUCACGAACUUCAAUUUCUUUUCAUGAGUGUUCUUGUUGAUUCUCUUUUUUUUGGAUCUCUUUUGUUCGUGAUUUUUUUAGAUUUCAUCUUGGUGGUGGUUUAUAUAACUGCAAAAUUAACAUAAAUAUGAAUGUCAAAUAAGUUAACCAAUACUACAAUGAUUUCACAAAUAUGUUAUUUUGAUACAUUCUAUGCGAAUUAAGAAAAUUACAAAAGAUAUUAGUACCGUUAAAAAGACUCAAAAUGUACCGUUUCGUACACGAUAUGGGCCUAAGCCCAUUUAAACGAUUAAAUUAUAAAUAGUAGGCCCCAUCUUCGCAUUUCUUUCGUGCGGUUGACAAUUCACAGCGACGGUUAUGCAUCUUUUAACUGUUACAAGUUCCUCUGGCUCUAACGCCGAGAAGCCGCCACAGAAGAAGAAGAAAGUGCAUGGUCCGAGGCCACUGUCGCUGUUACUACUUCCAGAUGAGUUAUCUCUGAACUGCUUAGCACGCGUGCCCCGAUGCUACCACCCGUCGGUUUCAAUGGUCUCCACAACCAUGAGGCGUCUCAUCGCUUCUCCAAAGAUUUACGUUGAAAGGUCAUUUCUCCGCCGCACGGAGAACGUCCUCUACGUCGCGAUUCGAUCUUGCGUUACAGAAACCCCUCGAUGGUACACUCUCAAUCUCAAACCUUUCGGACAACAAGAGUCUGGAGUAGUUAACCAUAGUUUGGUUCCUGUCCCGUCGUUCCCUGCGGUUCCUCCCUGGGGAAUGUCCAUCGUCACCGUCGGUUCGGAGAUUUACGUUAUCGGUGGAAGCGUCAACGACAAGAUGGUCUCCACUGUGUUCGUCAUCGACUGUCCAUCUUACACACGUCGCUUCCUCCCUAGCAUGAAGCAAGCACGCGCCUGCUCCGCAGCGGGAAUCGUCGGCGGGAAGUUGUACGUGAUCGGAGGGUGUAACCCUCGGUCGUCGAACUGGGUGGAGGCUUUUGAUCUAAAGACUCAGACAUGGGAGACAGUGACGGUUGUGCAUAACUUGGAGGUGUAUGAGAAAAUGAUCAGGAGUUUCGUGAUGGAUGGUAAGAUUUGCAUCAUGGAUCGAAAGAGUAGCUUUGCUUACGAUCCGAAAGAAGGAAGGUUGGAGAGGGACCCGUUGUUGAACGGACAGUGGAGCGUGGGUUCUUGCGUUAUUGAUGACAAGUUGUACGCGUUUGGUCGGAGGAAUACGAUAAUGGAGUUUGAUCCAGUGGCGAGGUUUUGGAGUCAAGUGAGUGGUCUUGAAGAUCUUCCUGAUAAGACUGAAGGUUCUAAAAUGGUGAAUUAUGGUGGCAAACUUGUUAUUUUGGUUAACCUUCAACGGCGUUCGACGGAGAUUUGGUAUACGGAGAUUGAGUUGGAAAGGAGGGAAGGAGGAGAGGUUUGGGGGACGGUCUUGUGGUCUAAUCGUGUGCUGGCUUUUGAAGAUUCAUAUGUUAUUUUACGAUCUCUAGCUGUGUCAUUUUGAAAAUGUGUAGGAGCAGCGUGGUCUUAUAUCAAGAUGAAGAUUUAAGGCUGUAAACUAUUUUGGAUGUUGAAUUUUAUUGCCUUUGUUUCUUUGUUGUACUAAUCUGUAGAAGUUGUUUUAUUUAUUUAUGAAUAAGCUAUGUGACAUUAUCGACCAAAGUGCUUUUGAAUUGUUUUAAUUUUAACAUGGUCAAAAUUCUACCUGGAGUGAGACUUUCUAUUAGAGAGUUGAGGAAGAGGAACCUUGCUGAUGGUCUUCUGGAAGCAGGUCUUGUGUUCAUCCAUGGAGGCAUGAAUGAACUCAUCGAUGUGAUCUUUCACGUCCUCAAAGAAAGUGGCAUCUUCCUUUACCUUCCUCCUACAUGACGACGCGAUGGCUGGUUUCGGUUUCGGAUUCGGAUUCGGAGGAGGGUUUUGUGUUUCAUCUUUCGGUGGUGUCUCCAUUUGUGCCUGCAAAGUCCAUCCCAAAAUAUAUAGUAUUAUUCCUAGCAACAAAAACUGAAAAUUUAUCUAUCUUUGGGUAUUAAUUUAUUUCUCAAACCAACCGAUUCCACAACAGUAAGCAAGAUACGCACCAAGUGUUCGACCAAAUGCCAAACAGAAACGAACAAAAGAAAAAA